GCUCUGUAAAUGGAUAGGCGAUCUGGGAGAAAUGCCGUCGGGCGUUGGCUGGGCGGGGGCGCGCGGCCCAAGGGAGGUAAACGAAGAAAAAAAUAAAAAUAAAUGCCGCAUCGGGCAGACAUGCACAUAAUCGACGUCGCGGGCGGAUGCGUCGAAGCGGCCCAGCGGCCCGCCGACGAGCACACGCCAUCGCCGUCGCCUGGCUGCCACCUCGAAAAUGGACACCCCCCUAAGAGCCCCAAGCCGCAGGCGACUCUCGGCCGGAAGCGGGAUGUACUUUCGGGUCAAGGACCCAAAAAGGGGGAGGCGGAAACGGUCUGGAACAUGCGCACUGCGCGCACAGCAUCGGUGCAGACCGACAAGGUGCGCGUUCCGGGCCACAACAGCCUCCCCUCCCCUGAGAAUCUCGCAUGCCACGUCGGGGCCAGGCUGUUGUGUUCCUUGGGUGAGUUGGCGGGCGCACCCAAUCACGGAUGCGGGGGAGACGGCGGCGGCGGCGGUCUGUCGUCUUCGGGCGGAGGCCAGGCGGACAGGGAGUUUUCCAAAACCCGGGGAAACGGUGAAGCCACCCUCCGGCGCGGGCUGGUUCGGGGUUGUUUGCUGGGGGCCACAAAAGACCACUGUCUGUAG